AUGUCAUUCAAGGGAGGCAAAUCGUCGCUAGAGGCCUCUGUGCCCUCGUCCUCGUCCACGUCCAUGAGGUCGAUCGUUAACGGGGCGCGCGCUGUCCCUGGCAACGGUCUUCUCGGCGUCGGCGUCGCCGCUGGCGAUGAAGGCUCGAUUGUCGACGAAGGGGCUGGCGAUGAAGGCUCGGUUGUCGAGGCUGCACGGGAGACUGGUGGUUGCGUUCUCUUCCUGCGUUUAUUAGGU